AGAAGGGGAGAGGGAGAGGGAGAGGGAGAGGGAGAGGGAGAGGCAACGCACACCUCCGCUACUCUGCUCCACCAACAACCACCCUCCUCCCUCUGAUCUUUCUUCUCCGAUUGGCUCCACUUCUCGACGGUGACCCGAUCCCAUCCGGUGAUCUUACCCCAUUUCCCUCCUCUUUCCUUUUUUUUCUUUUUUUUCUUUUUUUUUUGGCUGGGCUCCUACUCUGUAUUUAUUUAUUAAUAAUAAGUGAAGAGGGACAAGGGCUUCGGCGUUGUGAGAGAAAAGAGAGGAGGGAGGGAGGUCUCAUGGCGGUUAUCGAAGGCACGGGAGUCGUCGAUCUCGGAGCGAACGGAGAUUACAACGGCGGCGGCGGCGGAGCACCCGACACCCGUGCCGCCGCCGCCGCCGCCGCCAAGGAUCUCGACGGGAUCCUGCCACCGCCGGCGCCGGCUCCGGCGAUGCGGAUGCUGGACCACGCUGGGGCCGCCGGGUUCCCGGUGCUCCGGCCCCACCACGAUCCCUCUGCCUUCCACAUCGGCGCCCACCAUUUCGCCCGCGGCGGCGAGGAGCUGGUGCGGAGCGCCGCGGCGGCGGGGGGAGGAGGGCAUCGGAGCAUCGGCGCGGAGGCGGCCGGGGGCGAUGGAUUCAAGCGGGAGAUGCGGGAUCUGGAGGAGCUGCUCUCCAAGCUGAAUCCCAUGGCGGAGGAGUUCGUCCCCCCCUCGCUUGUUUCCAGCCAUCAACACGGCGCCGGCGGAGGCGCCGGAUUCUUCUCCGACGGGUUUAAGAUCAAUAGUGGACUGGGGAAUGGCGGCGUCGGCGGAAGGAGGAAGAAGAAUGGAUACGGGCAGUGGAAUCGCCGGACGAACAGCAGGACGAGUUUGGCCCAGCGAGAAGAGGCAAUCCGGAGAACCGUCUAUGUUUCUGAUAUCGAUCAGCAGGUUACUGAAGAACAGCUUGCGGCACUAUUUAUCAACUGUGGGCAGGUCGUCGAUUGCCGUGUGUGUGGGGACCCAAAUUCUGUCCUCCGAUUUGCUUUCAUAGAGUUUACUGACGAGGACGGUGCAAGAGCUGCUUUAAAUCUGUCAGGAACCGUUCUCGGAUAUUAUCCAGUAAGGGUUCUUCCUUCAAAAACUGCUAUUGCGCCUGUCAACCCGACAUUCUUGCCCAGGUCUGAUGAUGAACGCGAGAUGUGUGCCAGGACUGUAUAUUGUACAAAUAUUGACAAGAAGGUUUCUCAAGCAGAUGUCAAACUCUUCUUUGAGUCGAUAUGUGGAGAGGUAUAUCGCUUGAGGCUGCUUGGGGACUAUCAUCACUCCACACGCAUUGCCUUUGUUGAGUUUGUACUGGCUGAGAGUGCUACAGCUGCUCUGAACUGCAGUGGUGCAAUACUGGGAUCUUUGCCGAUAAGGGUCAGCCCGUCAAAGACUCCUGUGCGACCACGUGCACCUCGGCAGCCAGCGCAUUGAAUGUUUGUAGGUACAAGAGGUUCCAAUAGUACUAUUUAUAUAUAUAUACCUUACACGCCUAGAAAUUUAUGAAGGUAUGAGUUUUUGGUCUAAAGUUAUUUACCGUAUGUUUCUUCAGUAUAUCUUCCUACUUUUGGUAGAGCGGAGGGGAGGGGGGCAUGGGAUGUUCUUUGGUUGCACAUAUAGUUGGUUUUUUUAGUACAUUUAUCUUCUGAUUAUGUGACAAGACAGACUGCUGGGCAUGUCUAUGAGAUUGUUCAGUUGUUUGUGAAAACUUGUAUCGAACUAAUCAAGCCUACAUGAAAUGUUCUGUUGUUAUUACUAUACAACUGCGUGCCAAGAGCACUCAGAUUAACUAUCAAACUUGAGAAUGGUCUAUCUUUUUAUUCUCUCACA